GUUCCACCAGCUCCUGUCAAAAAUAGCAUUUGGUCAAGUCCUUAUAUAAGAUAUGGUCUCCCACUAGGUUUGCUAGCUACAGCAGGAGCAGUUAUGAUGUUGAAAAGAAAUAAAGCAAAUGUUAUAAAUAAUACUGAAGUAGCUGAAGUUAAACAAACUCCAACACAUUCGCCAAAACCAACGCCUUCACAAGCAAAACCUUCAAUGACUCCUGAACCUAUGGAAGUACAAACUCCUGUUCAAAAGUCAACUCCUAAACCGACUCCAACAUUUAAACCAGAACCUACUCCUCAAAUAAAUCGUAAAACUCCUGCGUUUCCUUACUGA